CCAGGCCUUCCGGAGCUCCAUGCGCACGAACCCACCGGACGGUCGAAACCUCUCCGCCCCUUCUCCCCGCCCCGCCGGAGCAUGUGCUUCCGGACUGGGCGGGGAGAGGGCAAGGGGAGGUUCCGCUUCUUCGAGGGCAGAUGCUGGCGGCGGAGCUUCCGCUGCGUCCGGGGGGAAGAUGAAUUAUAUGCCCGGCACCGCGAGCCUCAUCCAGGAUAUCGACAAGAAACACUUGGUUCUCCUCCGAGACGGCAGAACGUUGAUAGGAUAUUUACGAAGCAUUGAUCAGUUUGCCAACUUGGUGUUGCACCAGACAGUGGAGCGCAUUCACGUGGGCAAAAAGUACGGUGACAUCCCCCGCGGCAUCUUUGUGGUGAGAGGCGAGAACGUUGUUCUUCUGGGAGAAAUUGACCUAGAGAAGGAAACUGAUACCCCAUUGCAGCAAGUGUCCAUUGAGGAGAUCCUGGAAGUACAACGGGUAGAGCAACAAACGAAGCAGGAGUCGGAGAAGCUAAAAGUGCAGGCGCUGAAGGAGCGAGGCCUCUCCAUCCCCCGGGCUGAUACCCUCGAUGAAUAUUAGACAGUCUGUUUGGACAGGCAGCUGCAUCCGUGCAGCAUUUGAACUGAUGGGGUUUUGUGUUGAUCUGUCCUUAUGACCAAGGACUGGCGGUUGUUUUUUUUUAAUUUGUGUUCUUUUUGGGGGGGGAGGGGGUGCAGGACACAAGUUAAUCAUGGCUUUUUGCUUUCUCAUUGCAAAAUCAUGGUUCCUGACGACCUAAGCACUGCUGGAUGUCUCAUGUAAACCAAAUGUUGAUAGAGCAGCUAUAUGGCUUGGGAUAAAACUUCUUUUUUUUAAGUUGACUUUCUUUAUCUGUGUCACUAGAGGAGGUGGAAUGACACCUCCUGACAUGUAAAUAAAAAAAAACCCCGCAGUGAUUCAAA